UUGAAACAGCAGCUAAACUUUUGGUACAAGUGAGUGGACGAGAGAAUAAGGAGUUAUUGACCUCCAGAACUGGACUCUCGGAAUGUUUAGACAUAUUGGACCUUGCAAACCGCUGUCGAAAUGUUCUUACGGUUCUUCCGUCGCAUGGACGUGAACGUGGUGACAGCUAUUUCUGUAACUUUGUUGUUACUGCUCGGAACUUCGUGUUCCGCCCAGGAGGAGGACGACGACGGCGGGAUUCUGGAGCACGAAGAGCUCGCCGAGUUUUACAGGAAGGGUCUUUUCAUCUUGGAAAGCAGCCCUCUUGAGCGCUGCAUCUCAGUAGAACAACCCAACCUGGUUCUCCGGGACUGCCGUCGUCCCACCCGUCGCAUGCUGUGGAAGUGGGUUUCCCACCAUCGCCUCUUCAACUUGGGCACCAGCACGUGCCUGGGCCUCAACAUGUCUGACCCCGCGCAGCCCCUCGGGACAUUCCAGUGCGACAUGGACCUUCCAGUACUAUGGUGGCGCUGCAGAGGUAACAUGUUGUAUGGAGCAUCCCGGUGGAAGGUGGCUGUUGCUGGGAACUUAGUGGUGGUGAAGAGAAAUUCUUACCAUGAGUGGAAAAGGUACAACACGCCGGGAGAGGGGCCCUGCUCCAAUCCGUAUGAAGAUAUUCACACUUUGUUGGGAAACGCACGCGGCAUGCCAUGCGAGUUUCCCUUUAAGUACAACAACAAAUGGUACUGGGAGUGCACCACAGAGGGACGCGACGAUCAUCUUCCAUGGUGCUCGACCACCACCAGAUAUGAUGAGGCAGAAAAAUGGGGGUUCUGUCCUGUGCAUGAUUUCAGUUGUGAGCAUUCCUGGGAGUACCACUUUCAGCUCCGCGCCUGUUAUCAGUUCAACAUGUACACCAUCCUCACCUGGAGUCAAGCGAUGCGGACGUGUCAGGCUCAGGGUGGGAGUCUGCUCAGCAUAGCCAGCGAGGCGGAGGACAAGUACAUCAAUGAACGGAUGAUGUUUGAUGGAUCAAUGGUCUGGUUCGGGCUCAACCACUUGAAAGACGGUCGGGGCUGGCAGUGGUCUGAUGGCGCACCUCUAUCGCUGUUCCACUUCACCACAGUGCUGCCGCCCGGCCCUCUCGAGGACAACAGACAGUGUGGAGCGUAUACGCCCGGUCCUAUCGGAUUGUGGCAGAGUUUUUCCUGCGAAUCUGCUCUGCCUUACAUCUGCAAAAAGACACCUAAUAACACUCAGAGAGCCGAGCCGCUUGAGAACUGGCAGUACAUCUACACAGAGUGCGAUGAAGGCUGGCUGCCUCAUAACGGUUUCUGCUACCACAUUAUGUCCGAUGCAAGAAGCUGGGAGGAGUCUUCUCAAGCAUGUGUCUCUCUUAAUGCCAACCUCACCAGUCUUCACUCUCUCUCUGAAGUGGAGAUGCUACAACGUCUACUGGCUAACUAUUCUGGCGAGCCUUCAGGAAUGUGGAUCGGUCUCUGGAAACAAGCUUCAUCUGCGAUUGUAGAGUGGUCUGAUGGAUCCCCUGUGACUCUCUCAAUGUGGCACCCGUAUCACCCACCUAACAAUUCGACUGGUGCUAACCACUGUGUCAAAGCAGACAGGAAGGAAGGUGACUGGCUUUUGGUGUCGUGUGGUGAGCAACUUCCUGCUGUGUGCAGAAAAGCGAGCCAUCAGACAUCGAUUCCUCACGUCGAAAGCUGGGAUGAUGGCUGCCCUGAGGGCUGGAAGCGUCACGGUCACUCUUGUUACACUAUCACCAGGCACGAGCAGACAUUUCAGGAUGCACAGACUGGAUACUAUUGCAAUGCUCCUCUACUUACUGUGGACAACAGGUUCGAGCAAGCAUUUGUCAACAGUUUGCUGAGUGCUAAUGGAGCCAACGACAGCAUGUAUUACUGGAUUGGCCUCAGAGACUCCGGGGAAAGUGGAGAAUACAGAUGGCUUCAUCACAAUGGCUCCACUCUUCCACUCACCUUUAGUAACUGGAACAAACACCAGCCAGUGAGUGCCAACGGCUGUGUUGCCAUGUCAGGUGGCUUUGCUCUGGGCUACUGGAAUGUGAAAGACUGCAAUUCCUACAAGGCUUUGUCAGUUUGUAAGCAGAGCAUCAGUAGCUACCAGGAAGUGCCGGUGUUACCAGAAGCCCACAUUGAUGCCUUCAGUGCCUGUCCUCCUGGAUGGGAAUCACAAGCCGGUCUCCUCUACUGUUUUAAAGUGUUCCAUGAUGAAAAAGUGCUUAUGAAACGCUCUUGGGUAGAAGCAGAUUACUUUUGCCAGGCUCUCGGAGCUCAGCUGGCCAGUUUCCGCCACUAUGAGGAGCAGGUGUUUCUCAAGAAACUCCUUGGUACAAUGUUUGAAGGAACAGAGGGUCGCUGGCUGUGGGUCGGCUUCAAUAAAAGAGAUCCUGAACAUCCGGGUUCUUGGGAAUGGUCUGAUGGUUCUCCUGUGAUGACCUCCUUCAUCGAGGACAAAAAUGAUGAGGAUGACAGGAGGGACUGCGCGGUGUACAGUGACCUGCCCAACAGACUCAUGCCCCGGCCGUGUGAAAGAAAACAUGAGUGGAUUUGUAAGAUCUCCAGAGGAGGUAAACUGAAAAAUCCCUACUGGUACUUUGAGCAGAGCGAGCCGUGGGUUUUUUAUCGUGGGGCUGAGUACCUGGUGGCCAAGCAGCCCUUCAACUGGGACGCCGUCUCUCUUGCCUGCCAGAUGAUGGGAGCCUACUUGCUGUCCGUUCACUCCAGAGAGGAGCUGAACUUUGUCAAGGAGCGCUUGCGACGGCUCUCCCUAGGCCCCACUGACUGGUGGAUUGGGCUUUCCAUCGGCCAGCAUGGAGAGGAGGUCAGAUGGAGCGAUAAGACCGAGGUGGACUUUCACAACUGGGCAGAUGGUCAUGACAGCCACAAGAGUAGAAAAACUGGGUUUUGUGUCACCAUGAACUCAUCAACAGGGAAGUGGUCGGCCAGUGAAUGCACCAAUCUUCAUGGAUACGUUUGUAAGAGAAAGACCAUCUCUGUGGUGGAGACUCCAAGAGAGCCUCACUACAUCGGAGGCUGUCCAGAUAAAUGGCUGUACUUUGGACAUAAGUGUCUCCUGCUUCACCUCCCUGACAAUCCAAAGGAGGGAAAGAGCUGGAACGACGCCCGCUCCAUCUGCUCCUCAUUUCAAGGCUCACUCGUGGCUAUAGAAGAUGAGAUUGAACAAGCGUACAUCACCAUGCUGCUUCAGGGGAUCUCUGUCGGCGUGUGGAUUGGUCUUUGGAAUCAAGACACCAUGAAGUGGACAAACGGGAGGACUGUCAGCUACACCAACUGGUCUCCUAUUGAACCAAAGAGCUACCUCAAUGAGGAUGAAUUGCUCACCGGAUUUGCUGAUGAACCACUGUGUACAGUGCUGUCCAAUAACCACAAUGUGCACCUUACAGGAAAGUGGUAUGACGAGAAGUGUAGUGAGCAGGGUUAUGGCUUUGUUUGCCAAAAAGCACAAGAUACAUCCAAACCGCCCACCCACUCAUCCCGCCACCCUCUCCCUGACAACAUUGAAUACAAAAGUCGCAGUUACAAGGUGGUGUCAGGCAACAUAAGCUGGUAUAAUGCCAUGCAUAUGUGCAUAGAUAAUGAUUCGGACCUAGUAAGCAUCACCGAUGCCUACCACCAGGCUUUCCUGACCGUCCUUGUCAAUAGAUUGGGAGUACCACACUGGAUUGGACUGUACAGUCAAGAUAGUGGUAUCAACUAUCAGUGGUCAGAUGGCAGCGACACAGUGUACACACACUGGGACUCGGCUGAAGAUGAUGAGACUGGAGAAUGCGUGUACAUGGACGUGAAUGGUGGAUGGCGGCGAGCUGACUGUGAAAGUAGUCUACAAGGAGCCUUGUGUCAUAUUCCUCCGCCAAAGAAUAAGCCAUUCAUCUCCUAUGAGGCCGUGUGCCCUUCAACAUGGGUGAAAUUCGGACAGGGAUGUUACAAUUUUGAACCUGUGGUGCAGAGAUUGACUUUUGAAGAUGCUCGAGAGCACUGUAGAAGCGAAGUAAACACUUCAGAUAUCCUGUCCAUCGAGAAUGAAGUGGAGAAUCGCUUUGUGCUGGAGGAGCUGUGGUCUUCUGGGUUUCUUCACCAGAACAUGUGGUUGGGACUUUACUUCAACAUUGACACGGAUUCUAUGGCUUGGGUGGACGGUUCCCCUUUGGACUAUGCCAACUGGCCCAACAGAGUUCCAGACUUGAAGAUGCUGACUGCAGACACUUGCGUCACCACCCGAGCGGCUGACGGAGUGUGGCGGUUGUCUGGGUGCACCGAGCGGCUCGGCUUUAUCUGCAAAACAAUCUCAGAUGCUACUACUGAGGUGGAAGUGGAACCCAUCAAUGGAUUACAUUAUGGCGUCAUUCUUGCUGCUGUGAUGGUGGCCGUACUGAUCUUUGCUCUGCUGGCAGGAGCGCUGUUCUUCGCUUACAGGAGAAAUGCAGCGCAUUUUCGGGGGCUCCCGACACUCAGUAGCGCCUAUUACCGACAAACGGGUUCCCAAGCUACCGAGUCUGACGGUAAUGUGCUGAUCACGGAGCUGGAAGACCACUCAGGAUAAUGUUUGGAAGGGUGAAAAAACAUCAGAACAGUAUUGUUGUAACAAACUUUUUAUUUCCAUCAGUCUAUCAAGUCAUUGGCUGCCAUUAAGGGCGAUAGACGUCUAACCCGUUUUCACUGCAUUAGCGAUGAUAAACGCCCAAUCAUGUGGGUGUUUACGUCAUUCUACUGUAAAUUUUAAUGUGUUUAUCACUAGUAGAAGUCCAGUCUAUUUUAACAUGAGGGUGGUAGCGAAUAUACAAUCGUUUGUUCAUUCACUGCCAGUUCUCCAAGUUCAAGCAGAUUGUACAUCUAUCGCCUCCAAUGGCAGCAAAUUAGUUAAAAGAACGGUACGUUUUUUGGAAUGGUCGGUGUAGAAAGCACAAGAAUUGGUUCUAUUUGAGUUCCUGUUUUAGUCCAUUACUAUUCAGAUAAUGUUGGGGAUUGUUUUCUUGAAGCAAAAACAGAUGUUUUCAAAUGACUUUUUAGUGUUGCACCUAUACCAUUUUUUGGGGGUCCCAAUACCAAUUCUGCUACCCGGCUGGAUUGUAUCGGCCGAUACCGAUAGUGUAGCAAUACUACGUUUUUGAAAACAUAUACACUUUUUUCCUACUAAAUUACUGAAGUCACUUGAAUGUAAAAUAAUUGUCAUCAUGGCAUGGAUGACAAUAAAUGAACAAACUCCUCUAAAACUUGAGACUUAAAAUGCGCUCAAAGGUUUGUUCAAUUUUGUAUCAAUUUAGUAUUUUUGCUUAGCUCAUGUGCUAAUCACUCAUGUUAGCAGAAGACACAGGUUCGCUAGUCUACUAAUUCCCAUUUUCCCGCCUUCUAACAAAGCUAACAUCUUUCUGGAUGCUCAUGUCAAUUUUAGUGUUCAUAAAACUGAUCAUAAAACAAAUAUAGGCUGGUGUUACCGUUUAACAUGUACAUUAAUCCACCAUUUAAAGUAUAGGCCCAUAACAUUAAACAUAUGACUGCUAAAUGAACACAAUCAAAAACCCUUAUCAGAAUAAAAAGCAGCAUUGGCGUGUUAUUUCUCAGUACUCACUAUUGCAUGCAUUUUAGUGUCAUAUUAUGGCCUCUUUAGAUAUCAGUAUCGGUGCAACACUUGGCGUUUCUUUUUAACUGAACAAAGAUAAUUUGUUUUUUUAUGAAUACAACAGAAUUAAAAAUAUAUUUCUUGCUGAAAUUCUGAGUAGAAUUUUAAACUAAGCAAAGCCUUUAACUGAACAAUUGAAAAGAAUUGUUGAGUAUUCGUCGCACCCUCUGCUUCAAAAACUUUUCUGUGCAAAACCAGAGAUCGAACUAGGGACCUUUAGAGCUCCGGGGAUCUAACGUUCUCCCAGCUGAGCUAUUUCAGCUUAUUAAAGGAUAAAUAAAUGCAGUAAAAUGCAAACUUUUGAACGACUCCAAUGCUUUUGGCCGCCUCCAAAUAUGUACUGCACCUAUUGUAAUGUACUUUGUAAAUUUGAAUCGCAUUCCAAUUAAUGUUGUUGAAACUGUACAUGUUAUGCAGGGUUUUUUUUUUUGUCAGUAUUACCGUUACUAUUAUUCUAUUCUAUUUUAUUGUAUUCUGUUAUGUAAAUACAAGUUUGAUUGUUUUUCUUUAAGUGCUAGAAACCUCAAACCUGAGCAUUUAUUGGAUUUCCUUUACUCAUUCACUGCUAUUGACGGCUAUUGAAGUCAAAUAUCUGUGUUAACUGAGAAAGCAGAGUUUGAAACACUUGUGCUAUUCCUAUUAGUAUACCAAAGUUUGCCUAUACUAUUACAUGGGCAAAUGCCAUCUACCGUGGAUAGUGAAUCGAUGCUUUAAGGCUUUCCAUAUAAGGCAGGGGUGUCAAACUCUUUUUUUUUUUUUUUUUUGGUUCUGGGCCGCAUUGUCAUUAUUGUUUCCUUCAGAAGGCCGUUAUGUUGGCCAACCCAUAUAAAUACCGUAUUGGCCCGAAUAUAAGACUGAUCUGAUUAUGAGACGACCCCCUCUUUUUCAAGACUCAAGUUUGAAAAGACUUUUUGAACACCAAAUUAAUUUUUAUACAGAAAAUAAUCACAAUUAGGGCUGUCAAACGAUUAAAAUUUUUAAUCGAGUUAAUCACAGCUUAAAAAUUAAUUAAUCGGAAUUAAUCGCAAUUCAAACCAUCUCAAAAGUAUGCCAUAUUUUUCUGUAAAUUAUUCUUGGAAUGGGCGGCACGGUGGCUGAGUGGUUAGCACGUCUGCCUCACAGUUCUGAGAUCAAGGGUUCAAUCCCGGGCUUCGGCCUUCCUGUGUGGAGUUUGCAUGUUCUCCCCGUGCCUGCGUGGGUUUCCUCCGGGAACUCCGGUUUCCUCCCACAUCCCAAAAACAUGCAUGGUAGGCUGAUUGAACACUCUAAAUUGUCCAUAGGUGUGAGUGUGUGCGUGAAUGGUUGUGUGUCUCCUUGUGCCCUGCGAUUGGCUGGCAACCAAUUCAGGGUGUCCCCUGCCUACUGCCCGAAGUUAGCUGGGAUAGGCUCCAGCACCUCCGCGACCCUCGUGAGGAAUAAGCGGCAUGGAAAAUGAAUGAAUGAAUGAAUGAAUAUUCUUGGAAUGGAAAGAUAAGACGGAUAUAUACAUUCAACAUACUGUACAUAAGUACUGUAUUUGUUUAUUAUAACAAUAAAUCCACAAGACGGCAUUAACAUUAACAUUCUUUCUGUGAAAGGGAUCCACGAAUAGAAAGACUUGUAAUUCUUAGAAGAUAAAUGUGAGUACAAGUUAUAGUAAUUUUGAUAGUUUGUAUAUUGUGACUAAAUAUUGCCAUCUAGUGUAUUUGUUGAGCUAAACUUAAUGUUUGAAUAGAGUAUUAUUUUGCAUAGCUCUUUUGAUUGGGAAUGCCAGAUCUCUUUGCAUUGAGCGCUUUUCUUUUUGUGAACAUUUGAUUUUUGAGAUAUAGGAAUAUUAUUUUUGUUGUGCUUUCACUAAAUGAUACUGUAGCGACUUAAAUGUUCUUAACUGCCCAAAUGCAUGAUGGGAAUUUGAGCAACCACGAGUCGCAGUGGUUGCUGCAAAUGGUAUAUCUUCUCUGCGUUGAGUACAAUACAUGGUGUUAAGAAAUAGAUCAUCUCCAGAUAUUCUUCCCCAUGUCGCUUGCCACAAUAGUUAUAACUAGGGUUGUUCCAAUCAUGUUUUUUUGCUCCCGAUCCGAUCGUUUUAGUUUGAGUAUCUGCCGAUCCCGAUAUUUCCCGAACCGAUUGCUUUUAUUUGCUCCCGAUUCAAUUCCAAUCAUUCCCGAUAAUUUUUCCCGAUCAUAUACAUUUUGGCAAUGCAUUAAGAAAAAAAUGAAUAAAACUCGGACGAAUAUAUACAUUCAACAUACAGUACAUAAGUACUGUAUUUGUUUAUUAUGACAAUAAAUCCUCAAGAUGGCAUUUACAUUAUUAACAUUCUUUCUGUGAGAGGGAUCCACGGAUAGAAAGACUUGUAAUUCUUAAAGGAUAAAUGUGACUUUGUAUAUUGUGACUAAAUAUUGCCAUCUAGUGUAUUUGUUGAGCUUUCAGUAAAUGAUACUGUAGCCAUUUAACUGUUCUGCCCAAAUGCAUGAUGGGAAGUGCAACCAUGACUGUGCGUAGUGGCAACAAUCGAUAUAUCUUCUCUGCGUUGGGAAGUAACAUGGGGUGUUAUGGAAAAGAUCAAUCACUAUCUUUCUUCCCCACAUUGCUUUCCACGAUAUUUCUAAUUGUUGAGAGAGGGAUUUUAAGGCUUUAGCCAAUUUAAAAAAAGGCUCCAAAGACUGCCAAAAUUCUCUGUACUCAUUUUGCGCUGCCUUUGAGCUCCAUAUAUAGGUAAAACGGCGCCAUUAUCGAUUGAACACGACAAUGCGUGAGUGGGUCGUGCAGCGCAUGCGUUAAUUGCAUUAAAAUUUUAACGUGAUUAAUUUUUUAAAAAUUAAUUACCGCCGUCAACGCGAUAAAUUUGAUAGCCCUUCUUUAAACCAAAACUAAAGACUCUGGAUGAAUGUAAGACAUUUUGUCUGUAACAUGAAAUACAAUUAGAAAACGAUUGAAUUAAAAAAAAUAUAAAUAUAUAUAUAUUAAAAAAAGGCAUGUCCGAUAUUUUUUUGCCGAUUCCGAUACUUUGAAAAUGACGUGAUUGGACCCGAUCGAUCGGCAUCCCAAUCGAUCGGGAACAGUUGUGGAAGAGAUGCCACCGCUUAUUCCAUUAAAUAGCGCGGCUCCAAUAAACGCCUGCGUUACCAAUUCGCCCUUCUCGGCUAAUUGGCGGUCUAUGGACCGGCGAUUCAUGUUGGCUCGUUGUCGUCGGUUGCCUCGGUUCGCCCGAUGUCCUCCUGAGGAAGACGGCGGUGUACAUAUAAAUACCGAGAGGCGUUGGAUGGCUUUUUGUGGGUACUUUUAUUAACAAAACAUAAGCAUGCCAUCUCGCGUCGUGAAUGGGUACACUGUCUAGACCGCGAAUAUAAGACGACCCCCUCUUUUUCAGGCUUAUUUCAAUGCAAAAAAACACUGUCUUAUAUUCGAGCCAAUACGGUACAUAACUCAUUUGGCUGCUAUUGACGGCGCGAGAUGUCCAGUCCAUUUUGCCUUGGGGGGCGAACAUUCAUUCACAUAUAUUGUUGACCUCAAAUUGUCCAAAACCUUGUUUGAGCAUCUAAAUAACCAUUUUUUCUUCAUUAUGUAGGGCUGCAGUUAUCGAUUAUUUUAGUAGUUGAUUAAUCUAUCAACUAGAUAGUUCGAAUAAUCGGAUUAGGAAUAUUUAAUGUGUUGCAGAAUAUAUUGUAGGAAAUGUAAAAUGUUUUCUUUAAACCAUGCAGACUUGCACUUUCAUUUAAAAAUAAAUUAAAAUACAUGAGCUUAGCCUAAAAUGAUAUAAAAAUAAAUAUAUAAAUGAGGAUCUAAGUACAACAAAAUAACACUUAGCUAACUUGCAUAGCAAGACUCCACUAGCUUAAAUGCAAUAAAAUGCUUUUUUUUUUUUUUUUUUUAAAUAAAUCGUUCCAACUCUUUCCCACAAAAAAAAAGAUAUAUUUCCAAAGUAAAUUACGAAUGUAUCAAAAAAAUAGUAGCUCAAACAAAAACUUACACCCUUAUGCUGGUCUUAACAGGGAACAGCUGGAUUCAGCCAUGUUACAUGAGUUAUGUCAUAGUCACUGCUGCCUUUAGAGGGCAGUGCAUCCACCAAAAUCAAUCAAACUAAAUGCAAACACUUUCAAAACAAAUCAUCACAACGCCACACUAGUCAAACGAAUACUCGAAGCAGUCAAAUUUGAUUCGAAGCUUUUUUCUUAUCAAAUUACUCGAUUUAAUCGAUUAAUCGUUGCAGCACUAAAUAAUAUGUACAUUUAUUUUUCACUUUUUAAUGUUUUAUUUAGGUACAAUUUUUAUAAAUUAAAAAAAAAAAGGUAAAAAUCUUGAAACAUUCUUUUUUUAGGGGAGUGUAAUUUAAAGACAGGAAUAAAACAGGUAUUGUUAUCUUUAUUUUUUUUAAAAAUAAUUUUAAAUGUUUUUUUCCUUCUUAUUCGUAUUAUUUAUGUUUCUUUGAUUUUUGGAGUACGGAAAUUUUAGAUACAUUUUAUUUCACCAAAAGUCGAUACACGUAAUUUACCAAGUGGGCCACACAAAAUAAUGCAACGGGCCGGACCUGGCCCCCAGGAUACCAGUUUGACACCCUUGAUAUCUUGUGACAUAUAGUACUGAAUGUGUGUUUUAUUUGGUUUUCUGUUGUUGCUGUUUUUUUGUUUUGUUUUGUUACCAAGCUAGUUAUAAACUGUUAUUUGCACAUUGUUGUGUAUUUCAAUAAAUUCAAGGUGGGCCAACAAACAUGUUCAGUAAAAUAUUACCACACUAAUGGUGUUUUCAUUAUUGAGCAACUGAAUUCGUGUAUCUAUCGUCACUAUUAUUUCAAGUUAAACUACGCAACUCUUGCAACACUGAUCAUUGUCUGUGGGUUUAACAACCUUAAAGCCUUAAUUUAAAGUUAACACAUAUAUAUCAAAAAGCAUUUGAGAAUAUAUAAAUGCAUGAAAAUAAUUCCCUAAAAAACCCUGAAAA